ACACUUCCUCACUAAAUCUCAAGACCCGCCAUCUCCUCUCUCUCUUUAUCUUCUCCACCCACAAUUUCUAGAAAAUUUAGCCGCACAAAUUUAAACAAAUUAACCAAAUUUCAGAGCAAAUUCAAGUUUUAAGCAUCCAAAUUUCGUGCAAAACAAUAAAGGAUAUGGGCAACGCCGACUAUGUUUAUCCGUCCACUAAUGUAGAGCGUACACCUCGAGUAGUGAUUCCACCACCGCAAUCAUCCAUGAAGUCGCUGAAAUAUAAUCUUAAAGAGACUUUCUUUCCUGAUGAUCCUCUCAGACAAUUCAAGAACCAGACCACUUCACGAAGAUUCGUACUAGGCCUAAAAUACUUCUUUCCAAUUUUUGAUUGGGCCCCUAGUUACACUUUGGAUUUCUUGAAAAGUGAUUUUAUUGCCGGGAUCACUAUUGCUAGUCUUGCUAUUCCUCAGGGGAUAAGUUAUGCAAAACUAGCCAAUUUGCCACCAAUUCUUGGUCUAUAUUCAAGCUUUAUUCCACCUCUAGUUUAUGCGAUGAUGGGAAGUUCGAGAGAUUUGGCAGUGGGGACCGUCGCUGUUGCAUCUCUCCUCACAGCAUCUAUGUUAGGAAAUGUAGUUAAUGCUAAUGAGAACCCCAAACUUUAUCUCCACCUUGCAUUCACGGCAACAUUCGUUGCCGGAGUUUUUCAAGCUUCCCUUGGCUUAUUAAGGUUAGGGUUUAUCGUGGAUUUUCUGUCACAUGCAACGAUAAUAGGCUUCAUGGCUGGAGCAGCAACUGUAGUUAUCAUGCAACAGCUGAAAGGGAUUCUGGGACUUAAUCAUUUCACCCAUUCAACCGAUCUUGUCUCUGUCAUGCGCUCCGUCUUCACCCAAACUCACCAGUGGAGAUGGGAAAGUGCCGUUCUGGGCUUUGGCUUCUUAUUCUUCCUUCUCACCACCAGAUACUUUAGCAAGAGAAAACCAAAAUACUUUUGGGUAUCAGCAAUGGCACCAUUGACGUCAGUCAUUCUAGGAAGCCUUCUCGUGUAUCUCACUCAUGCUGAGAAACAUGGAGUGCAAGUGAUAGGAAACUUGAAGAAGGGGCUAAAUCCACUGUCCUUUACGGAUCUCGUGUUUGUAUCUCCUUAUCUUACGACAGCUAUUAAAACUGGCAUCAUCACUGGUGUCAUAGCUCUUGCUGAAGGAAUAGCAGUAGGAAGGAGUUUUGCUAUGUUCAAGAAUUACCAUAUAGAUGGUAACAAAGAGAUGAUUGCUUUUGGGACCAUGAACAUUGUAGGCUCUUGCACCUCUUGCUAUCUGACCACAGGGCCAUUUUCGCGAUCGGCCGUGAACUACAAUGCAGGAUGCAAGACAGCAGUAUCAAAUAUUGUCAUGGCAUUGGCAGUCAUGGUCACAUUGUUAUUUCUAACGCCAUUGUUCCAUUACACUCCACUUGUGGUUCUGUCCUCUAUUAUUAUCUCUGCUAUGCUCGGUCUCUUAGAUUAUGAAGCAGCAAUCCAUCUUUGGACUGUCGACAAGUUCGACUUCAUCGUCUGUAUCAGCGCUUAUGCUGGCGUGGUUUUCGCCAGCGUCGAGAUUGGCUUAGUCAUUGCGGUGGCAAUUUCCUUGCUUAGACUACUUCUGUUCGUCGCAAGACCAAAAACCUUUAUUCUCGGAAACAUUCCAAAUUCAAUGAUCUACAGAAAUGUUGAACAAUAUCUAAACACAAGCAGCGUUCCUGGUGUUCUCAUUCUCGAGAUUGAUGCUCCCAUCUACUUUGCAAAUUCAGGCUACUUAAGAGAAAGGAUUGCGAGGUGGGUUGAUGACGAGGAAGACAAGUUAAAAUCUUCAGGAGAAACGAGCCUACAGUAUGUUAUACUAAACAUGGGAGCGGUUGGUAACAUUGACACAAGUGGGAUAAGCAUGCUUGAGGAAGUUAAGAAAGUAAUGGACAGAAGGGGGCUUAAGCUUGUCUUGGCCAAUCCUGGAGCUGAAGUAAUGAAGAAACUCAACAAGUCCAAGUUCAUUGAGAAAAUAGGGCAAGAAUGGAUCCAUUUGACAGUAGGGGAAGCUGUCGAAGCUUGCGAUUUCAUGCUUCACAGAUGCAGUCCAAGCCCUUUGAAAGAGGAAUCUGAGGCAUAUAACAAAGUCUAAGCUGUCGAUCAGCAAGAGUAUUAAUUUUAUUCCAUGUAGGUCAACUGUAUAAAUAUGUAUGUAUCAGUUGUGCGUGCAUGUAGGAACUGUUAUGCAUCACAUAAAGCUGCAUCAAAUCAACUGCUGGAAGUGAAAUAGAAGCUGACUUGAAUCAUUAGUUGAAGUUGGAGGUA